ACUAUUUCAUAGUGUUUAUAAAGAAAGUGACAUGUGUUAGUGUGAUGUCAUAAUGCAACAAGGCUUUUUUUUAUUAGUAUGACCUGAUCCCACUCUACCAUGAGUUUUGACAACAUAAGUUUACUUUUCCCGCCAAUUUUGUGAAACAAGCACGAAUAAUGUCAGAAAAAGGAUUAACGCCUUCGCAAAUAGAAAGUUUUUUUAAUAGCGUGGAUAGCGAGGAUGAUCUCGACUUUUCUGCUGAUGACGAAAGCGAUUACUAUCCCAAUAAAGAAGAUUUUGAGACCUCAGAUGACGAAGUUUUGGAAAAUCAAGUUGAACUCCCUACCGACUUGAAUGUUCCAAGCAAGGAUGUCAACGAUGUUGCGACUUCUAGCAAAAAGGACCUAAGAAGGAAUUUGCUAUGGAGACAACGCAGUUUGAUUUUGAAUGAGAACCAACUUCAGCUGCUCACGAGCACUGCGUUACCUCCGGAACUAAUGGAGCUGUCCCAGCCUAUUCAAUUUUUUUCGUAUCUAUUUCCUAAAAAAGUUUUUGAGAAUAUUUCGAAUGAAACUAACCUUUACAUUCAUCAAAAAGAGCCAAACGCAAAUAUUACUUUUACUCCUUUGGAUAUUCAACAGUUUGUUGGAAUUGUGUUGUAUAUGUCCAUUUCACGACUUCCAAAAUGUGCCCUUUACUGGUCAAAACAUUAUGUCACAAAAAACAUUUGAAACAAUCAGACGUCACAUUCAUUUCAACAACAAUGAUAAUAAUCUGCCUUUGACUGAUUCCCGUCAUGAUCGGCUUUUCAAAAUACGACCACUUAUUCAGGAAAUUAAUAAUAAUUUUGGAAAAGUACCUAAGGAACAGUUUUUGUGUGUCGACGAACAGAUUUGUUCAACAAAAGCAAGAUCACAUAUGAAACGGUACAAUCCUAACAAGCCUCAUAAAUGGGGAUAUAAAAUAUAUGUUUUAAGCGGUAAUUCGGGCUUCUGCUAUAAAUUCGAGAUUGAUUCUGGCAAUGAAAACGUAGUACUACUUAACGAGCCAGAUCUAGGAGCAGCAUCAAAUUGUGUUGUAAGAUUGGCCAGAGAAGUCCCCAGGCAUCAGAAUUUUCGCCUAUAUUUUGACAAUUAUUUUAAUUCAUUACCUCUUUUAAACAAGGCCAAAAAGGAAUAUAUACAAAUUGACCGUCCUUUCGCUGUAGCACAAUACAACAGUUAUAUGGGAGGCGUUGAUCUGAUCGACAGUAUAAUCGGAAGAUAUAAAAUUUUAUUGAGAAGCAAACGUUGGCAAGUCAGAAUCUUUUAUCAUUUACUGGACCUUACAAUCAGCAACGCUUGGUUGUUGUAUAAACGUGUUAUGAAGGCAAAUGGAUAUCCUGGAAAAGUUUUAAGUUCAUCAGACUUUCGGCUUGAUAUCGCAGAAGUGCUAACAAAAGUUAACACUAAAUCAAAAUUGGGUAAACGAAGUUCCGUCAUUGAAAAUGAAUUGCAGCUAAAGAAGCAGAGAGGUCCAACUCAGCAUGUACCAAACCAAAUGGUACGACAGGAUCAGGUUGGACAUUGGCCAAUUUGGGCAGACAAAAGAAUAAGAUGCAAGUUUCCAAACUGUGCAGGAUAUUCUCAAGUCAUGUGCAACAAAUGUGGAGUAGCUUUAUGCUUCAAUAAAAGAAAUAAUUGUUUCACCAAUUUUCACUUAAAUUAAACAGUAAUUUAAGCGCCUUAUAGCAAAUAUUAUAAUAAAAUUUACGUUUUAUCUAUGUAAACUGAGCACUGAAACUAUUAAAUAUAUUAUGAAUUCAAAUAUUUUGUUUAAUGCACUAAAAACAUUACAAAUAUAUUCAUUUAUGUUAAAUAAAUUUUUGGAUUAUAUUAAGUUUAAUUUUGAACCCAAGCAUAUUUGAUGUAUUUAUGCAACAUAUCCUUUAUCCUUAAUAAAAGUGUAAAAAAUCAAAAAUCGGGAAAACGAAAAAAAAGUGUAUUUUUUAUUUUUAAUUAUAUAUCUAAAAACAAAAACCGCAUCAAAAUCGGAGUUUAUGCCAUAUGAAGGGUUAAGUUAGAAAGAUGGGAUUUGGUACAGAUUCUAUUUUGGAAAAAAAAAUCUGAUUUGUCGAAUUUCAUAAGGAUCGGCCGACUAUA